CAAUUGUACAUCAGUAAAGUUAUAAUCUGCAGUUGUGGUCUGCUACUAUAGCGAGAAAGAGGUUCUGAUUGUGUUGUGCGCGAGUUUCUCUGUUCAGUUACGUUCAGUUAAAUAAAAAUGGAGACUGUUUUAAUGGUCGCAGAGAAGCCUAAAGCAGCCCUGGCUGUGGCAAAAGUAUUAUCAAAUAAUAAAUGCAAGAGAAUUAGAGGAGCAAAUAAACCAUCGAAAGUGUACGAAUGGAAUGGUACAUUCCUAUCCUCAAAAAGAACGGUGCGUUAUCGAAUGACGUCAGUAUUUGGUCAUAUUAUGACGCUCAAUUUUACACCAAACUUCCGUAAUCGAAAAGCUGUUGAUCCAAUUAGCCUAUUCGAUGCAUCUAUUGUAAAAGAGGAAACUAGAAAAAAACAAAAAAUUGUUGAGUUUUUAUCCGAAUUGGCUGUAGGCUGUAAGUAUGUAGUUUUAUGGAUGGACUGCGAUGAUGAAGGUGAAAAUAUUUGCUUUGAAAUAAAGAGUGCAGUUUCCAGUUCUAUACAGAAUAUUGACAUGGUGUUGUAUCGAGCUAGAUUCUCAUCCCUACUUGAAAGUGAAAUAAAAUAUUCGCUUGCCAAUUUGGUGAAACCAGAUGAAAAUUUAUCCAAAUAUGUGGACACACGUCGCGAACUUGAUUUGCGUAUUGGAUGUGCAUUUACCCGGCAAUUGACUGAGUAUUUACGUGGUUAUAAAGAACUAAAAAGUGCCAUUAUCUCCUAUGGUCCAUGCCAAACUCUCGCACUUGCACUUUGUGUUCAGCGUGCCGAUGAAGUUACUAACUUCAAACCAGAAGAAUAUUGGGAGUUUACGCUUACGGCCACUUUAGAUGAUUGUACAGUUGUCUUCUAUCAUAAUAAUGAAAAAAAAAUUAAGAAAAAAGAUAUUGCUGAAUCAGUAUUACAAAAAUUAAAAAAAUUUAAAGAGGCACAACUAUUGAAAAUUAAAUCGGAAUUGAUUGAAGUGAAACGACCACUCCCUCUAAAUACUUAUGAAUUCUUAAAAGCUUGCUCUUUUGAAUUAAAUAUUAGUCCAUUUGAUGCAAUGAAAACUGCAGAAAGUCUGUAUUUGAGAGGAUACACAAGCUAUCCUCGCACUUCGUCAAAUGCAUUUCCAAACAAAUAUGAUUACAAAUCAACUUUGCAUAAACUUAAGGAUAAAUUAAAAUCCCCAUUUGAUAUGCAAGGUCCUGUCAAUGAAGAUGAAAUUGGCGACAAUUUCCCUAUAAUACCAGUUGAAAUGCCGACUAGAAAUCUCUCCAAAGGAGAUAUGGACGUAUUAAUGCUUAUUUCACGUUAUUUUUUAGCAAGCAUAUCAAACAAUUUAAUCUAUCGGACUACUACUGCACAACUUAAAAUGGGCGAUGAUGUGUUUUCAGCUAAAUUCCAAGAAGUUACACAGGCUGGUUUUACUGAUAUAAUGGAUUGUGAAGAUUUGAACUUUUUGAAACAAGAAAAUACUGAUAUCGUAAAGAUAACGAAUAUUUUAAAGAAAACUGAUAAGAUUAAUACUUACAAAUUACAAAAGCAUGUAAAGUUAACUGUAAAACCUACCUAUAUUACUGAGAGGGAAUUAAUUUCCCAACUGCAAUUGUAUUACAUUGGAACACCUGGUUCGGUGCCCGAUAUCAUUAAUAAUUUAUACAAACGAAACUAUGUACGAGCUGUACGAGAAAGGAUAUUGAUACCUACAAUGUUAGGCAAAAAUUUAAUUCAUUGGUUGAAAAAGGUUGAUGAAGAGCUUAUAAGUCCGACCCUACGUGUUGAAAUGAAGAACCAAUUGAAAUCUAUUGCUAGAGGUGAGGCCAAAGUAGAAGAAGUCAAAGAAGUAGCUAUUAGAAAAUUUUAUGAAAAAUUUGUUUAUAUGAAAACUAAAAAUGAAGAUUUGCAUAAACUGAUGACUGUUCACUUUAAGAUUAAGAGUAUCAUAAAAUGUAAAGAAUGCACGGGAACUAUCAAUUUGCAGCAUGCCACUGAAGAAUCGCAACAUAUUUGGAACCUAAAAUGUGUACAGUGUACGUUUAAUAAAAAGUGUUUCCAAGGCGCAGUUUCAGUCAUAGUUAUUGAUAAGGAAUGUGACACAUGUGAGUCAGGCAUGAUUAAAGCUACUUACUUUAUUAAGGAAAGUGAGAAGAUCGUUACAGAUGUUCUAUGCAUUUCAUGUUCAUCUCUACUUUAAUUUUGUAAAUGUGUUUGAUUACAUACUUAAAUUUGAAAUCAAAUCUUUACUUUAUUCAUCAUAGGGCCAUUCAGAUGUUGUUCAGUAACUUAGUAAUCGGUAAAGUGAAAAAAUUAUAAACGUCUGAGUGCCCUUUUUUUAAUUAUAUCUUACUAAAAUUGUAAAGUGAAUCAGUUAUUUUUCUUUUUUUUGUAUGUUUGUUUAAUUGUAUAUAAUUAUUAAAUUUUAAAAU